AGACUCUUCUAGCCAGGCAGCGGUUGAGCUAUAAAUACAAAGCGCGCGCCAACACCCAAGCACACACCGAGCGAUGACCAAGUUUCACUCGCCGCGGCCGCACCAGACCAACCACCGGCACCCGUCGCACGGGCCUGAGCUCUCGAUCGUGUACAUCUCCAAGUGGAUUCGCAUCACGAGCAACUUUAUCGCGGGCGGCAUGAUCGUCGGGACGGCCGUCAUCGUCGCCUUCCUUCUCUGGAAGGGCAUGUUCCAGAGCCAGUAUGUCAUUGCUUAUCCGCAGUCGUCGACCGACUCGGCGUGGACGCCGUUCGCGACGUCGUGUGUGCUCGACGUCAACGGCUGGGUGCCCUUCUCGUGCAAGGACUCGGAAGUGGCGUUGACGGGCCCGCUGCCGUGGGCCAGCCUCGGCGCUCAGUUAGCCACGACGCUUCAGCUCACGCCGCACCCGACGGGCAAUCUCUCGAGCAGUGCGCUUAUCACUACUUGCCUCGUCGGGCUCGAUCGGUCGCGGGUCGCGGUCGUCCUCUUUGCGAGCCACCCGAGUGACGGGUACGCCGCGUGCAUUCCGAGUAGCGGCCAGCCAAUGACUGGCAUGUUUGUCCUCGAGACGGCAACGACGGACGGGUACCCCAACGGCGUCUUUCUACUAAGUUCGUGGACCGACUUGAAGCUCGCGCCGCUUUCCGUGUUACUGCAGACCGACGGAACGUCCAUACCGAUCGUCCCGUUUCUCAAGACGUUUAUUGCCAUCGACGGCACCGCGGUGAGCGCGCCCCCCGAUACCGUCAACUACUAUACCCAAGUCAACAGUCUCAACCGACGCUACCUCAUGUGGGCGACCUCGAACGUGCACAUCAUCGCGAUCGCCAACCCCAAAGGCUACUCGGGCUGGAGCUACGGCAAGUACUCGCGCUACAUUGGCACGAUCGGCUGGGUACAGGUGCACACGGUCGACAACCAUUUCGAACUGCUCUACUUUCAGAUUGCGAUCACGUUCAUCUCGCUCGCUGUCCUGGCGAAUGAUGCGUACGUGACGUUCCAAGGCGCGUCGGGACUGCUGAAGAACAAGCCCGUGCUCACUUAUGACAUUUUCUCGGGGCUCGAGCGCAGGAAGCUGCUUCUGUGCGCGCUGGUUGCGACCAUGUGCUACUCGCCGCUGUACGCCGAUGUGCUCCGGUACCUCUACAACAUGGAGGGCUUUGGCGACCUCUACUGGUCGUUGUCCCUCGAGAUGAUCUCGGCCAUGUUUGCCUUCUCCUGGAUCGCGUUUCUGAGUUGCUGGCAGCACCUGCCGUGCCCGGCGGUCCUCCGGCAUAAACCGCUCUCGUACUCGGGCCCGAUUUACGUCUACUCGUCGCUCUUUAUUUUUCUUCUACUGGCGACCAUUCGAACCCGCGGGCGCGUCGAGGCCGCUGCCUUCUGGACCGACGCCGAUGCCCUCUUGACGAUCUCGGUCAACGGAACUCCGACGCUCGCGGGGUCGUAUACGGCCGAUGGCACAGUCCCAGUCGUCGACAAGCUCAUGAUUGACGUCGCGAUCACAAAUUUUAGCGCGUUUGCGAUCUCAAUUUUGGCGAAUAAGCUCCUCCUCGGCUACAUGUAUUUGGACACGCGCUGGACGCAGAAGAACGAGUUUCUCAAGAUGAUCGACACGCCCGUGCCGCAGUGGGUCACAUGCAUGGACCUCGACGUGAAGAAUGCAAUUGUGAUUGGCGACAAGCUCUACUGCAAACCGAGCAUGCUCGCGCUCCUCGGGUUUUGCACGGUGCUCGUCCAAACAAAGUACACGCCAACGGCCGGCGUCGUCGUCGCGCCCGCAAGCUCCCGCCUCUCGCACAUCGUCAACACUGCGCGCAGCGCGAUGCCCAACUCGGCACGAAAAGGCGACUCAGGCACGGCCAGUGGCACCGACACGCGCGGGUCGGUGCGGAUCGAGACGACCAAGAAGCCAGCGCCGCAGCCAUACCAAGUCAUUAGCAUCUACGGUCUCCUGCCGGCCAUUAUGAUGUCCAAGGUCUACGUACCCCACCUCCUCGGAACGAUCGAGCACAAUGCGUUCGCGCCGGCCAAGAGCGCGACGCGCCUCGAAAAGAACGUGCCGUAUGUCUACUCGCGCGGCGACUGCUGCGGCUAAAUCGCGAUAGCGUACUAGGUUAUGCUUGCUAAUAUAUACAAAUUUGCCAAC